GAAAUAUUGAGAGUGGGAAAUGAAAAGUCGCUACUUUACACCAAACGAGGUUUUAACACAUAAUUCACCCGAAGACUGUUGGGUCUCGUUUCUUGGACGUGUUUGGGAUCUCACACCAAUAUGCGCACAGAACAAGGGUGAAUAUUGUUGACUGUAUCGAUUCUACUUAAAUCGCGAAUAUAUUCAUCUAUGUAAUCCGAAUUACAUUGGUCUUUUCUGGGAACAGUUAUAUCAUAUAUAUUUCCGAUACUCAGAACAUUCAACACAAUCUUAUGUUCUGCAAUAUCUGACCCAAAGAAUUUAAGCUUUUCCUCAAAAUGACUGAAAUGUACCUGACACUUGUUCGUGAUAUAUUCUUUGUCGUAUUGGUAUUUCUCAUUAAAAACAGAUGAAUUUUCUUUUGAAGUGUUUGCAACUAAUGGUGAUAAGUGACGUUAUAAAUUUGACGAUCAAUAAUAGAAUUGAAUGAAGCUUCACUUAAUUACUUCAAAUGGUUGGUAGCAUACUUCUCCAGCCAAUCUUAAACGAAGCUGGUAGAGACAUAUCGCACUGGUUUGAUGCAAAAACUGGUGACGUUCGACAUCACAUUGAUCCAGUUACGAACUGUUACGUACCUUACACCCCCUAUGGUCGAUUUGUUCACAUACCACCACCUUAUCCAACGACAGAUUGGGCUACAGAUUUCGGUAUACCUUGGUGGAAAGAUGAGAGACUGAUUGUUGGAUAUUUAACUAAGAAGACGAGGUUUGUACGUAUUUUCAACACACUUGCGCUACUUCAACACGAAAUUGAGGUAUGCGUUGAGGAGACUAUUACUGAUAUUCUUGUUCGUUAUUUAAAAUUUAAUUCACACGCUGCCUCGUACACAUGGAAGUAUAAUGGUGUUGUACUAGAUAUGGAGAAAAAUCUUGAGGAGAAUAAUAUUAGGGAAGAAAUACAAGAUAUUGAAGAUUUAUUUAUGCCUCAAAUAUAUCUUUAUUACAAUGACGAUUUGACUGAGGCAUAAUUAAACAAUAAGUCAAAAGAAUAAUUUAUGAUUUCAUGGUUAUUUGUACGCAACAAAUAUAAGUACCAUUAUUUACAUGAAAGUAAAUUUCUUUAGGGGCUCUCAUUUGAUAUGAAAAAAAUCUAUUAAUUUAAAAAUUUCGUUUUCUUAUGUGUUUUAUUGGCUGUUAUACAUAUUUAAAAUAGUUUCUGUGAUCAGGUUUCAAUGAUAAACCAAGAUCUAUGAAAUAGAUAAAACUGAAAAUUAAACAGUAACUCACCGAUUGAUUAUAACUGACUGAGUAGUGUGCUAUAUUUUUGUUAUCAUAAUGUUAUUGAUCACCACACUAAUAUAUCAGUAAUUUAAAAAAUGAUUAUCUAAUGAAUUCAAGAUAAUGCUACUUGAAAAAUAAAUUAUUAGAGGGAAUUUUACGGAAGUAGUAAAUUUUCACAGUUUAAAACAAGAACGCAUCUUAGCUAGAUCACCAAUUAAAACCUACAAGCACUAGACAACCGUUUCGUCCUAGUACGAGACUUUUCAGCAAUACACACCCACGAACCCGCAUCCGAUAAUUAAACUGAAGACCUUCGGUAUCUUUCACUAAUGCUUAAACUGUAGACCACGAAGCUGGCAUCCACGUUCAUUUUUUCAGUAUAAAAAAAUCAUUAUAUUUAAAGCUUUUAUUUCCUUAAUAUAAAAUGUCCCUCCGGUCUGAAUUAUUGAGGAUUUUUAGCUGCUAUCAUACUGAUGUUAGUCAUUAAUUAUCAUACAAUCGUAUUCUGUCAUAAAAUAAACUCAAAGAUUGGAAAAGUUUUACUAACCUAUUUAAAUAUUUUUACAGAAGCAUUUUAAGGCAUCCUAGUUAAAA